GUUCUCCGGCCAUGGUGAAACUCCGGCGGCCGGAAAACGUUUACCUUUCUGUUUUCCUCGAGUCAGCUCAAAUAGUAAUUAUUGGAGAGAUAUUGUUCUGGCUUAUAAGACGCUGGGAGUAGUAUUUGGAGGUCUUGUUACUUCACCUCUGUAUGUUUAUCCCUCCAUGAACCUGCAAUCUCCUACAGAAGAAGAUUAUUUGGGUAUUUACAGCAUCAUGUUCUGGACUCUGACUCUGAUUGGUGUGGUGAAGUACAUCUGUAUUGCUCUGAAUGCCGACGAUCACGGCGAAGGAGGAACUUUUGCUCUCUAUUCACUGCUUUGUAGGCACGUCAAAAUUGGCAUUCUUAGAUCGAAGAAUAUUGAUUCAAGCUCGUGUUCUAAUGAUUCUAUGAUCAUGGAAACAAGAAGUAAACUUGGAAUGUUUUUAGAGAAAAGUGUAAUCGCACAAAGGAUUGUGCUCUUCAUAUCAAUGGCAGGAGUGUGUAUGCUUAUUGGUGAUGGCAUACUUACACCAGCUAUUUCAGUUUUAUCAGCUAUCGAUGGGCUUAGAGGCCCUUUUCCUAAAGUAAACAAAGCUAUUGUGGAGGGUGUUUCUGUUGCUGUGUUGGUUGCUCUUUUCUUAUUACAAAAGCAUGGCACUUCUCGAGUGAGUUUCUUAUUUUCUCCUAUCAUGGGAGCUUGGACCUUAAUUACUCCUAUGUUAGGUGUAUAUAGCAUCCUGAAAUGCUAUCCAAGCAUCUUCAAGGCUUUGUCACCUCAUUACAUAGUACAAUUUUUCUUGAGAAAUGGAAGAGAAGGUUGGCAAUUGCUUGGGGGUACUGUUUUGUGCAUCACAGGCGCAGAAGCAAUGUUUGCUGAUCUAGGCCAUUUCAAUAAAAGAUCAAUUCAGAUGGCCUUUCUUUUAACCAUAUAUCCUUCAUUGGUCCUCACAUAUGCUGGCCAAACUGCCUAUCUCAUCAGACAUCUAAAUGAACAUAGGGAUGGAUUUUAUAAAUUUGUUCCACAUGUUGUGUAUUGGCCCAUUUUUAUUAUUGCAACACUUGCAGCCAUUGUUGCAAGCCAAUCCCUAAUAUCUGCCUCUUUUUCUGUCAUUAAGCAAUCAGUAUUACUUGAUUAUUUUCCUCGUGUUAAGAUAACUCACACAUCCCAUAAGAAAGAGGGCGAGGUCUAUUCUCCUGAAACUAACUACAUCCUCAUGGUUCUAUGUGUACUGGUCAUUCUUUAUUUCGGAGAUGGAAAAGAUAUAGGGAAUGCAUUCGGUGUUGUGGUUAUACUUGUAAUGCUCAUCACAACAAUACUACUGACAAUAGUCAUGUUGAUUAUUUGGAGGACUCCACUCAUAAUCGCCAUGCUAUAUAUUGUUCCAUUUUUCAUCAUGGAAGGAGUUUAUACAAGUGCGGUUUUCACCAAGAUCCCUGAAGGUGGAUGGUUUCCUUUCAUAAUUUCUAUCAUCCUUUCAUUCAUAAUGUUCUCUUGGUACUAUGGGAGGCAGAGAAAGUUAGAAUAUGAGAUGAACAAUAAAAUCUGUAUAGACUACCUGAAUGAAAUCAUGUCAGUGCCACAAAUAGAUAGAGUUCCAGGCCUGUGCUUCUUCUAUACCAAGGUACAAGGUGGGAUUACACCAUUAUUUGGACGGUAUCUGAAGAACAUGAGGUCCUUGCAUAGGGUGACAAUCUUUAUCACUCUUAAAUAUAUGUUAGUUGCCAAAAUGAAUUCUAAUGAAAGAAUUAUCAUAAGAAAACUUGGGAUUAAUGGAAUAUAUGAGUGCACAAUCUACUAUGGUUAUGCUGAUUGCAUUACUAUGGAGGGAGAUGAAUUUUUUUCUGAAGUCAGAGAGAGUUUGGAACAACAUAUCAGGAUGAAUACAGAUGGAAAUUCUCCUUUUAUUGAAGAGGAACUUUUUGAGCUAGCAAAAGCAAGAGAAGAAGGGGUUGUUCAUGUCAGGGGGAAGGCUCUUUUUCAUAUAAGUAAGAAGACCAACUUGUUUGAUAAGGUUUUACUUGGAUUCUAUGAGUUUUUGCAUGGCAACUGCAGAUCUGCAUUGUCGAGCAUGGGCAUUCCCCUUCAUCAGAGAGUGGAGUUUGGUAUUCUAUAUGAGACAUGA